AUGGAAACAAGAAUGAUUCCUGACCAAUCUAAAGACAAUCCACCUUUCCUGGACAGAAGUAUUGGACCACUUCCUGUCAAGAGAAUGUAUCCUUAUUUUUCUAAGUUAAAGAUAUUUCUUGGGGCACUAGCAUUCUCCUUUUUUGCCAAAGGAUUUUCUGGAAGCUACAUGAAGAGUAUGUCAACUCAAAUUGAAAGGAGAUUUGAAAUUUCAUCGUCAGUUGUUGGCAUCAUUGAUGGCAGCUUUGAGAUAGGUAACUUAAUGGUGAUGAUACUGGUGAGCUAUCUUGGGUCCAAGGUUCACCGGCCCAAAGUAAUUGCUGCUGGAUGUCUCAUCAUGUCAUUUGGAACAUUUUUAUCAGUGAUGCCUCAUUUCCUAAUGGGACGUUAUGAUUAUGAAAGAAUACCACUUACAGAGGACAAUUCUUCUACAAGUUUCUCAGCAUGUUCUCUAGCAUUACCUUUACAUCAUCCAACUUUAGAUGCUAUGGAAAUGACUAGAGAGUUGAAAAAUUCUGGAUGUGAAAAAGCAGCAAGCUCCUAUCUGUGGAUCUUUGUACUGAUGGGAAACCUUUUACGUGGAAUUGGUGAAGCACCUAUUAUGCCACUGGGGGUGUCAUAUGUUGAUGAUUUUGCCAAAGAAGAAAACUCAGCAUUUUACAUAGGUACCAUAAGAUCAUGUGGAAUGGUUGGGCCAACACUUGGAUUUCUGCUCGGAGCUUUCUGUGCUAAUCUGUGGGUAGAUGUUGGAGUGGUAGAUCUUGAGAGUUUAACCAUAAAUCCUAAGGAUACUCGUUGGGUUGGCGCCUGGUGGCUUGGAUUGGUGAUAUGUGGAGCAGUCAGUUUUCUGGCUUCAUUGCCUUUCUGGUUCCUCCCUUAUUCCUUACCAAAAGAAGGAGAAGAAAGAAAUUUGAAGAAACUGAGUGAAUCAUCUGUAACUAUUCAAGAAGAUCACUGUAAAAUAGAACCCCCAAGUCAACCACAGUUAAAAUUCUCAGAAGCAGUAAAAGAUUUCCUACCAACUUUGAAGAAACUUCUUGGGAACCCAGUCUUUCUGGUGUACUUGUUCCUCACUAUUCUGCAGUAUAAUUCUAUGGUUGGGUUGAUAACUUUUGAGACAAAGUUUAUGGAACAGCAAUUUAACGUAUCCGUGUCAAGAGCCAUCUUUCUAAUUGGUGUGAUACUUUUACCCAUUACAAUUCUGGGGAUGUUUCUGGGAGGCUUUAUCAUUAAAAAGUUCAAGUUACACAUAACUGGAAUGGCAAAAUUUGGAUGUGCCACCUUUAUAGCUGCAUACCUGUUAAACCUCUUGUACUUCACAUGUGAUUGUGAGGUGCUCCAGGUGGCUGGUUUAACAGUCUCCUACUCUGGAGUAAAACAAUCUUCCGUCCCAAAAAACAACUUAAUUGCCAGCUGCAAUUCUGACUGCAGCUGUGAAUUGAAUCAAUGGGAUCCUGUAUGUGGGGACAAUGGAAUCACUUAUAUGACCGCAUGCUUUGCUGGGUGUAAAUCAUCGAUCGGGACUGGAAAGAAUAUGGUGUUUCACAACUGCAGCUGUGUGCAAGCUGAAGGGCUUGAGAGUGGAAAUUUCUCUGCAGUUCUGGGACAGUGCCAAAGAGAAAGCUGUACUAAAACAUUUCCCUAUUUUUUGGCAUUACUGAGCACAUGUGCACUUAUUUUAGCUUUAGGAGGCACUCCUACAUACAUGAUUAUGUUUAGAUCUGUUUCACCAGACUUGAAAUCAUUUGCUGUUGGCAUUGACGCUUUGUGUGGAAGGAUACUAGGUGGACUUCCAGCUCCUAUUUAUUUUGGAGCUUUGAUAGAUCAGACCUGCUUGAAAUGGGGAACAAAGCGGUGUGGAGGAUCAGGGUCUUGCAGAGUGUAUGACACGAAAGCAUUCAGAAAUGUCUAUCUUGGACUCAUUGCAGGACUGAGGGCAGGAUGUUGUUUCUUAUAUAUAACACUCUUCAUUUUAAUAAUAAAACGAUUCCGACCAGAGAACAAUGAGCUGAUAGAUUUGAAAAGUACAGAAGUAUCAUCCAGGAAGGGAUCAACUAGUGGCAGUAAAAAUGAAACUUUUCCUUGUGCAAAAGCUUUGGAGGCAAAUGAAGAAACAUGUCUGUGA